CAUUUUUCUAAAAUGUUAAGUAAUCAGAUCAGGAAGAGGCAUCCGUGAGACAGCUCGACUAAGAAUGACCAACUGGAUAUCAAUAGUUUACCAGUCUCUCAUAUCCCUAAUACAAGCUUGGAAAAUAGCAUCAUUGUUCAUGAUUCUUUCCAAACUUUUGGGCAGAGUAUUCACAAAGGAGAAGGCAGAGAUGUCAUAGAGAGAGGAAAGAAGUAUCGAGAAGCAGAAAAUAAUUUAACAGAAAGGCAAGCUGACUUAUCAACUACUGUUGUUAAAAACUCCAGACACACAAGUCUUCCUAAAGUGAGAAUUCCUAAUAAUGAUAUGAAAAGUGCUUCUGGAGAUUCUAUGCAAAAUCUUUCGACAAACAUUAGUCCAAAGUGCAAGUCCAAGAUCGGAUAUGGAGUGUGGAAUAAGGAGCUCCAAAGAGUCAAGUUUUCAAGGAAAAAGAUUAUGUCGCAACCUUUUGACAGUAUUAAUCAUUCUUUAAAUGAUGGGUUGAAGGAAACAUUCCAGACUGAUAGGAUACAGAGUCUUAAGUCUGUUUCUGGAACUGGGAAUCUACAAGUCCAACAAAGAGUUGACUUCUCACAGAGUAUGAGAAAGUCAAGUCUCAAUACCAGCAUCCCUCAGUAUGUAGGAGAGCUUAAAGAUGGAAUGAAAGAUGGAUACGGUCUCUGGCUUGAGUCCAAAGAUGAUCCAAACAGUAACCAGUACAGGGGAGAAUUCAUGAAUGACAAAAAGUGAGGCUAUGGUGUCUUUAGGUGGUCAUCAGGCAAUUAUUAUAAAGGAAACUUUAAGAAUGAUGAGAGAAAUGGGUAUGGAGAGAUGCACUGGAAUGAUGGAAGUGCUUAUAAAGGACAAUGGCAAAAUGGAAUUCAGCACGGUUUUGGAACAAUGAUUUUCUCAGAUAAGACUUACAUAAAAGGAUACUUUAAAAAUAAUGUGUAUCUUAAUGCAAAUACUAUCAAGGAUAAGCCACGGAAAAUAUCUUUAUCAAGACCUCCUAUUCAAUCUCAAUCGUAUAACCUUCCAGUGAUACCUCCAACAUCAUACAAGUCUCCUAAGAAGUAUAACAAUUUAUCGUUAAUGGAGGAAAUUAUUGAAAAUAGUACUAUUUCUCAUGAAACACCGAAACGUAAAUAAAUCUGUAGCUGAGCUUAAGCGCAAACAUAGAGGUUUUUAUACAGAUGCUUCAACAAAUGGCGUCAGAUCAGGAAGAAAACCUAUCAGAAGAAUCAAGAAAUCCAAAAGAAAUCUAAAGAAUGUUAUCAUCAAAAGAACUGGAAUGAGGAAUGUGAAGAGUAUUAGAAGGCCUUCUAAGAAUUUAAUCGUUGAUCUUAAUCUCUUCCCUGAUCGUCCUAUCGAAGCAGGAGAUAUCUGAGUGCAUGGCAAGGAAUUUAAUUCCACAUUCAAAAACAAAGCCCAUAAGAUCCUAAUUAAUGCCUAAUACGAUAAAAGUUGA